UGGGAGCCCUAGCCCCCAGCCUGGGGCCAGGCCCAGAGUAGGCCUUGGUGAAGGUGUCCUAUGAGUGGCUGGGAGCACAUGGUUCUCCCACCCCAGGGCUGGGGACCCAGCAGGUCGGCACCUGGGGUACCAGACUAGAUGGGAUGCAGCCUCAGCCUGGGCCUCCCCUCAUCCCUCCCCAGAGCGAAGCGGUGGAGAUAAUGGAUCAGAUCGUGCACUGGGUGCGGGAGAACCCCUCUGGGCUGCGCCGGCCCCAGCUCCCUGGGGCCCCGGCCGCGGAGUCCAUGGCGGUGCCCAUGCUGCUGCUCAGCCUGGUGGAGCAGCUCGGGGAGGCUGACGACGAGCUGACCGGCAGCUACGUGGAGCUGGGGGACUGGUGCGCUCGGAGGAUUCUGCGGCACGUGCAGAGGGGUGGGCAGGCUGUGCUGGAGAAUGUGUCAGAGGAUGGCGAGGGGCUUUCUGGCUGCUUGGGGAGACACCAGAACCCAGGCCACGCGCUGGAAGCUGGCUGGUUCCUGCUCCGUCACGCCGUCCAGAGAGGUGACCCCAAACUUCGAGCCCACGUUAUCGACAAGUUCCUAUUGUUGCCUUUCCGCUCUGGAUGGGAUCCCGACGAUGGAAGUCUCAUCUACUUCCAGGGUGCUGAUGGCCUAUGCCCCACCCAGCUGGAGUGGGCCAUGAAGCUCUGGUGGCCGCACAGCGAAGCCAUGAUCGCCUUCCUCAUGGGCUACAGUGAGAGCGGGGACUCCGCCUUGCUGAACAUCUUCUACCAGGUGGCCGAGUACACUUUCCGCCAGUUUCGCGAUCCCGAGUACGGGGAAUGGUUUGCCUACCUGAACCGAGAAGGGAAGAUCGCCCUCACCAUCAAGGGGGGUCCUUUCAAAGGCUGCUUCCACGUGCCGCGGUGCCUCGCCAUGUGCGAGGAGAUGCUGAGUGACCUGCUGAGCCGCCUCGCCCCGGCCUCGGCCCUGGCCCUCAGCGCCCGGUCUCCGCCCGCCGACCCCGCCCGCCGAGGCGCAGAAUAAAGCCAACCCUGCUCCACUGCCCUUGUGUGUGAGCGUCUGUGGGGUGUCGGGUGGGGGACCAACCACCGCCUUUGGCUGGAGAGCACCUGCUCGCCCUACCAGUGACCCGCCCCGCGCGCUGGAC